AUGGCAGCCCCUACAUGGAGCCAAUCUGAAGAUGAGGGCGUCAGCAGCCAAGAUGAACAGGAGACAAACAGCAGAGAGGACUCUGAAGAUUCUGAGUCAUCACUCCACGAUGCCCUAUAUUUGAAAAUGACUGAACUGGUGGAGUUUCUACUCCCGAAGUAUUGUGCAAAGCAGUCAACUACUAAAGCAGAAAUGCUGAGUAAGGUCAUCAAAGAGUACGAAGAUCAAUUCCCUGAGAUCCUCAGCCUAGCCUCUGAUUUCAUGCAGGUCCUUUUUGGCAUUGAUGUGGAGGAAGUGGACCCCAGUACCCACACCUAUGUCCUGGUCACCACUUUGGGGCUCACAUAUGAUGGGAUGGUGUCCAGUGGGCAAUCCAUGCCCAACACUGGCCUCCUGGUCAUGCUCCUGAGAUUGAUCCUUGCAGAGGGCGACUGUGCCUCUGAGGAGGAAGUCUGGGAAGCCCUGAAUGUCAUGGGCGUGCAUGAUGGGAAGGAGCAUUGGAUCUAUGGGGAGCCCAGGGAGCUCCUCACCAAAGUUUGGGUGCAGGAAGGGUACCUGGAAUACCAGCAGGUGCCCAACAGCGAUCCUGCUCGCUACCAGUUUCUGUGGGGCCCCAGGGCCCACGCUGAGACCACCAAGUUGAAAGUCCGUGAGACUUUUCUCAGGGAUUAUAGAAAGGAUCCCAGUUAUGUCCCAUACCUGUCUGAAGAAGAUAUAAGUGAUGAGGAAGAGGGGGCCUGA